CUUUUCGUCUGUCUUUGAACUCUUUCAUUUUAAGAGAUGGACCGAGAAUGUAAUGUAAAACCAUCACAUCCCUAACAUUUAUGUGUUGGUGACAUGAGCAGAGUGAGUUGACUCAAUCACACGAUCAUCACAAUGGCUCUCACCAACACCAUUAUAACAUCAUGGAAACUGCAGGAGAUUGUGGCUCAUUCCAGCAAUGUGUCUUCACUGGUGUUGGGGAAGGCAUCUGGUCGCCUGCUGGCCACUGGCGGCGAGGACUGCAGAGUCAAUAUCUGGGCUGUCAGCAAACCAAACUGCAUUAUGAGUCUGACGGGCCACACCAGCCCUGUGGAGUGUAUCCAGUUCAACAGUUCUGAAGAGCGUGUGGUGGCUGGUUCUCAGUCUGGCUCACCUGACCAAGCGACUCAAGGUCUGAAGGGUUACUAG